GAGACUUCGGAAAGGCGACAGGGGGCAGGGCUUCCUGUGGGAAAGGGCCGGAGGGCGGCGGCAGCCUCCUGCCUGGCUCUGCGGGGCUUUCCGCCGGGCGAGGGCUUGGCCGAGGUCACUCGCGAGAGGCCGCUCUUGGCGCGCCUGUGGGAGGCUGGGUGGCGCGGGAGGACGGGCGACCUGCGGGUUCGGCGAGCUCGCACGGCGCUGGCAGCGACGGUCCCCCACCGAGGCCGCGCCUCGCUGCUUCCACCAGAAGGCUCCGCAAGGCUCACGGACCUCCAAGUCCCCAGGAGAAGAGACAAGGCUCAGGAGUCCAGAUCUAGCUAGCUGUGGCCACUGGAAAGCUCUCAGGCCGGGGAGUGUCAUGUCUACCUUUGAAGACGCUGAUACAGAAGAGACGGUCACUUGUCUCCAGAUGACCAUUUACCAUCCCGGCCAGCAACAAAGUGGGAUAUUUAAAUCAAUAAAGUUUCGCAACAAGGAGAGAUUUCCUUCUAUUGAAGUGGUGAAAUUUGGACGGAAUUCCAACAUGUGCCAGUAUACGUUUCAGGACAAACAGGUUUCCCGAGUUCAGUUUGUUUUACAGCCGUUUAAACAGUUCAACAGCUCAGUUCUCUCUUUUGAAAUUAAAAACAUGAGCAAGAAGACCAGCUUGAUGGUGGAUAACCAGGAGCUUGGCUACCUCAAUAAAAUGGACCUGCCUUACAAGUGCAUGCUCAGGUUCGGAGAGUAUCAGUUCCUGGUGGAGAAGGAAGACGGAGAGUCGGUGGAAUCUUUUGAGACUCAAUUUAUCAUGUCUCCAAGACCUCUCUUGCAAGAGAACAACUGGCCAACACAGAGUCCCAUACCGGAGGAUGGGGUGUAUUCUUCGUACUUCACGCACCGAAGUUCUCCUGCAGAAAUGGAUGAAAACGAACUGUGAAGAGGGUCCAACCUGGAGACGCGUGAAGGAUGAAGACACAUGAGAGACAUCCUCCUUCCUUGGAGUUUGUGAAUGUAACGUAGCACGGAUGUCUGCAUGCUGACUUUAGUUUUGGUAAUAGCACUUGGAAGUCUGUAGACUGUGUUAGUCAUCAACUUAGUCAACUGUUUGAGUUUCGGCUCUACAAAGAAUUAAACGUACAUCUAUAAGGGUUAGUGCAUAAGACACGUCUUCUGUGUGAUGAGGUCACGCUUGUUGCUUUUCUACAUGACGUCAUCCCCGUGCUUUGUCUUGGUAGCAGCCAUCUCUUGGCCUGGUCAUAUCAUUUCGUAUCAGCCUUUGUUUUUCAAGUUUAGAGCUCAGGCAGAUUGUUCGCUGGUGUCUGCGGCAUGCUUGUGCUUGUAGAACCAGAGUCCUGGAAUAAGUUCUAGAGUGCUGAGUCACUGAGUUGCUGUGGCUUCAUUAUCGAAAGACUUGAGAACUAGCUCCUUGCUUUCUUUCUAUGGAACUGUAAUGUUUAUUUCUAAGACAGCAGUUUUGCUUUCCUAUACAUAGGAUGUACAACUAACACCUAAAGAACAUUGAGAUGAAGAUUGUUUUCUUAUGAAAUUGAAAAUGAAUGUUAUGUAUCGUACAGAUUUAAAAAUGGCAGAAAUCAAAACUUUUAACAGCCUCUUUGCAUAUGAUAAAGUCGGAGCUCAGUCCCUCAGCUGCUUGUUUGAAAUUUCUUAAAGGAACACAUCUGUUCUUAGGCUGCUUUAUAGAAGUCAGUAUAUGUGAAUAUUUAUAAUAAAUGCUUAAAUAUUUCUAAACUUUUA